AUGGGAGAGUUCUUGGUCCGGACGUCGACUCGAUCGAAACAGAUAUUUUUGAGCGAAAUGUCCCCUUGGACUUUCCAAUCAUGGCGCUGCGGUGGAGCCGAAUCGGACGACGAGUUUUGGACCGAAAGCAGCUUGAGAGACUCGACCGCGGACGAGGUGCGAACCGUGGCGUGGAAGUCGAGUCGGCUCCAAUUUCUCGAGUUAUCCCAGGGCCUUUCGGGAGUCUGGUAG